AUGUUCAGCAAAAUCGUAGCAUUCGGCGCUUUCUUGGCUGCGGCCAGCGCUUACGGACACGGCCAUGCUGUAUCCUCUCAGAGCAUCGUCCACCACGGUGGUUACGCUCAUGCUGCACCUUUGGCACAUGCACCUCUCGCAUAUGCUGCCCCUGUAGCAUAUGCCGCCCCAGCCGCUCACUAUGACGGACAUGACACUUACAUUCAACGCAGUGGUCCACAACUCAGCCCCAUCUGUCCACCCAGUCCACGCCCCAGCCUACCAUCAUUACUGAAUAACUUACAACCUGUGAUGCGCUAUGAUUCUAUUCAUAGUUCUAUUGUUGCUUUCGGUGCCAUGCUGGCUGCAGCCAAUGCUGGCUACUACGCUCAUGGUCCAGCUGUCUCCUCCCAAAGCAUCGUGCGUCAUGAUGAAGCUCUGGGACACUUUGGUGCACCUGCCCAUUACGCUGCACCCGUGGCAUAUGCUGCCCCUCUGGCGUACGCUGCACCUUUAGCGUAUGCUGCUCCUGUAGCAUAUAGCGGAGGCUAUGCUGGAGAUUAUGAAGGGCACGACGAAUAUGCUCACCCAAAAUACGACUUCGCAUACUCCGUGGCUGACCCUCACACCGGAGACCACAAGUCGCAGCAUGAAAGCCGCGACGGAGAUGCUGUCCACGGCUCCUAUUCUUUGGUCCAACCUGACGGUUCUGUACGUCAAGUUGACUACACCGCUGACGACCACAAUGGAUUCAACGCCGUGGUGCACACUUCAGGCCCCAACUACCACCCCCAGCCUGCCUACCACCACUAUUGA